CGUUCUAUGGCUUGGCAGGAAGCCUAAAAGAAAUGAAUGAUAUGCAUAUCAAAGAUAUUUCAGAAUGGGUAUUACCAUAAUCGGAUUACUUACAUUUUCAACAUCUAUGCUCUCUGUACCGAUCUUGGGCGCUGGAAUAUGGCUCGCAACGGAGGCAGACAACGACUGCGAGAAGCUUCUUCCAUGGUCUGCGAUAACCUUCGGGGCUUUUCUCAUGCUUGUCUCUCUCACCGGCUUGUUAGGCUUCUUCUGCAGAGUCUCACGGCUGUUCUGCUUUUACUUGGCCGCCAUGUGUGCGCUCAUUCUGCUCUUGUCCUUCUUCACUGCCAUCGCCUACGCUGUUACUGACGAUGGCGGUCAGGCCGUCUCAGGGAAAGGGUACAGAGAAUACCAGCUGGGAGACUACUGUUUGCAGAAGAGAGUGGAAAACAGCAGCGAGUGGAAAAGCACGAAAAGCAGCCUUCAGGACGCCAAAGUAUGCAAGAAACUUGCUGAUGAUUCGGUCGGCAAAGUUGCAGAGCAGUUCUACAACCAAUUCAGAUUUGAAUCGAAUUUGCAGUCUGGCUGCUGCAAGCCUCCAAGCUCUUGCAACUUUGUGUAUGUGAAUGCCACUUUUUGGACUUCCACCGCAAGCAGCUUAACAGACAUGGAGUGUAGCAGAUGGAGUAAUGAGCAGGAUCAACUUUGCUAUGACUGUAAUUCAUGCAAGGCAGCUAUGUUGGCAAACUUGAAGCACAACUGGCAAAAGAUCGCUGUUAUCGAAGUUGUGGUGCUCAUUGCUCUGCUUGUGCCUGUAAUCAAGGACAUCGUGAAUCCAGAAUUUCGUGAAAUUGUGGAAGAGUCACAGUUUUCAUGGAGCAUGUAA